CUCGACGUGAGUCUAGCUCUUCCCACCCACCCAGAAAGGAAGGUUUAGGCAGCCCGGAUGAACAAUCUGGAUAUCGCACAGUCGUGGUGGAAAAAAUAGUUUUUUUCAUCUCUGUUAUUGAUACUGCACAUUUUGUUGAUAUUGCGCAUUUUGAACAUUUUGAUGAUUAUACUGAACAUUUUGAUGAUGAUAUUGAACAUUCUGUUAAGGAUGAUACUGCACAUUUUGAUUAUCUUGCUCAACUAAUUCAUCUUAAGGUUGUGAAAUGCCAUACCUGA